AUGAUGCAGUCGCUGGCAAUAUUACUUCUCACGAGUCUGGUCUCUGCUCAGGUAGCACCAUACGGACAAUGUGGUGGAAGUAGUUAUACGGGUACCACUACCUGUGAGACGGGGUGGGUCUGUCAAUAUCAGAAUGAGUGGUACAGCCAAUGUGUCGCAGGCACCGCCACUACCACCACCACUUUUUCAAAGACGAGUACGACCACGAAGGCUUCGACAACCUCCACCAAAACCACGAGUCUGACCUCGACUACCUCGACUACCGCACCCUCCUCCACCGGAUUUUCUAGUACAAAUGGGCUUGAUUUCACCAUCGAUGGGGAGACCAAGUACUACGCUGGAACGAACUCCUACUGGAUCGGCUUCCUCACUAACAAUGAUGACGUGGACCUUGUGAUGAGCCACCUCAACGAGUCCGACUUGCGUAUUCUACGAGUCUGGGGGUUCAACGAUGUCAACACAGUCCCAUCCUCGGGUACAGUCUACUUCCAGCUCUUGACUGACGGUACAGCCACAAUCAACACCGGCGCCGAUGGGUUGGAACGGUUGGACUACGUUGUUUCGUCCGCUGAAGCACACAAUAUCAAGCUAAUCAUCAACUUUGUCAAUAACUGGUCUGAUUAUGGUGGCAUGGCCGCGUACGUCACUGCUUUUGGAGGUACCCAGACCGGCUGGUAUACAAACGAUGAUAUCCAGACUGCCUAUCGUAAUUAUAUCCAGGCUGUGGUCUCCCGCUAUAGUGAUUCUCCGGCCGUUUUUGCGUGGGAAUUGGCCAACGAGCCUCGUUGUCAAGGCUGUGACACAUCUGUUAUUUACGAUUGGGUCGCGUCGACCAGUGCGUAUAUCAAAUCGCUCGAUGCAAACCACAUGGUCUGCAUUGGUGAUGAGGGAUUCGGGUUAGAUACCGACUCGGACGGCAGCUACCCAUAUACAUUCGGCGAGGGGCUGAAUUUCACCAUGAACUUGGGCAUUGACACUAUUGACUUUGGCACUUUCCAUCUGUACCCUGAUAGCUGGGGAACCACCUACACGUGGGGCGAUGGAUGGAUUACAGCUCAUGGAGCGGCAUGUGCCGCAAUCGGGAAGCCGUGCCUUCUGGAGGAGUAUGGUGUAUCUUCCAACCAUUGCGCUGUAGAGACCCCAUGGCAGCAGACGGCACUUGACGCGACCGGUGUAGCUGGUGACAUGUUCUGGCAAUACGGUGAUACUCUCAGCACCGGCGAGACGUCCGAUGAUGGGAAUACGAUCUAUUAUGGAACCUCGGACUUUACAUGCCUUGUGACUGAUCAUGUAGCUGCAAUUGGCUAA